AUGGUGCAGAAGAGCAGGAGGACUGCCAAGCUGUUCGUGAAAGAGCAGCAGCUUCCUUGGCCAGCGCCUGCGACUGCUUUAAUUGCUUGCGUGUUGUUCCCUUGUGCCAUGGCGCUGCGGGCUUUGCAGGCAUGCAUCGCAACAGGGACUCUGUCCAUUGGACCUUUGCCCAUACCUCCAGUCACAUUUCCAUGGAUGGCAUGGCCUGUGCUCAUGAUGGGAGCCCUAUGGCAUCGGCAUGUGGAUGGCGCCUGGUUCCCCUCCGUGGCGGUCACUGGGAGAGCUAUCGCUGCAGCUGCGGUGUUGGGCAUUCUCGAAGCUUGUGCUGCCGCCCUUGAUGUCUUCGUUCCCUCUGGUUUGAGCAGCAGGCAAAGCGUGAUCUUGGCUCUGCUGCGCUGUGCUGACAUUCCAGUAGCAGCUGCUCUCAACGCGGUCAUGAGCGGAGACUCCCAAGCGCCUGUGCUAUCCUCGUUGCCCAUAUCUCUGGGCUUGGCCUGUUCUUGGCUGCUUUGCGAGUGUUACGGGCGACAGGAAGACACCUUCCGCUCACAUCCGGGCGAUGCAUUGCUCAUCACCGCGGCUGCUGUUGCAACGGUUUGCAGAGCCUUGCGAUGUGCCGGUGGUGCCUUUCUGUUGCGGCGAGUGGGAGUGGAUAAUUCUUGGGGUGGUCUCUUCUUUGUAGGUGGCUUUAGCGGGUUCUUUGGAUCUAUGCUUGUGUUGCCUUUAACCUUGGGCCAGUUGCCCUUAAAGUCGAUCGAUUGGGACGCCAACUCAUUCCAUGCUGUUUCCGCUGUUCAGCUUGACUUCAGCGUGGUUGCCGUUGCAGCACUUGGGCUUGGAGCAGUGGAGACGCUGUCGAGGCUGGCUGUGCUUCGCCACUCUGACACAGCUGCCGCAGCAGACCCACCUCCGCCUGAGCAUCCACCUCCGCCCGAGGAGGCUCCAGCGGCGCCGCCAGAUGAGAUUCCGGCCCCUCCACCGGAGCCAGACACUGCACCACCACCACCGGAGGCGCCGCCGCCACCUGGCAGCGAGUGUGAAGGCUGCAAGAUGCCCUUGUACAACUCAGACUCGUCAUCAAGCUCCUCCGGCCUUUGCGUACCCUGCAGGUUCAAAGGCUGUAAUCCAUGGCUCCCCACGAAGAAGCUCCUCCACUGGAGCACUUUGAAGGCUGGAGCUCCAAAUAUCAUCAAGCUACCGAUCAUGGGCUUCUUAGAAUACAGGACGGGCAGACUACUGCCUGAGUAUAUACUGGAGGUGCGAUGCUUAAGAGUCGAUGCACCGGAGUGGCGCUACGAGCUGGUGCACAGCUGGCCCAGUGGAAUCUCGAUUUUCGUCGGCGAUCGCAGACUUCUUGUGAAGAAGCCGGACGAUGAGCAUUUCGAGGCCCCGGGACCAUUCAACCUCACAGACUUCGUUGCGCGGCGUCCGAAUGAGGUCAACCAUCCAAUGCAGGUGAAUGUUGCUAUCACGGCCAAGAAGACCGAAAUCUGGGCCAUAGGCUUUGUGCUGAGCCUGGGCGUGGCCAGGGAUGAGGAGGUCGCCGAGCAGGUCGUGCAGCAGCAGCCGCCACUUGAGGACCGAAUGAAGCUUGAUCUCGAGCGCGUUCGCAUAUGGGUCAGCGAGCAUCGUCCUGAUCGGGUGUCGAAGAAGGACACACUGCGCUGUGUUGAGCCACCCGUUCUGAAGUUGAUCUGCUGCACUAGCCUCCUACGAAUUGAGCAAGCUGCGCGCGGUUCAAGGUGUGAGCAUCUGCAGUGCUUCGAUUUGAACUCGUACAUCCACACAAUGCGGAGCAUUCCGCCCAAACACGCCUGGUGUUGCCCGAUAUGUGAUCAGCCCGCACCAUUGCAUCAGCUUAGACUAGACGCCUUCGCACAGUCUAUAGUGGACAACACGGCAGCCAAUGUCACAGAGGUUCUGGUAGCUGACAAUGGAAAGUUUGAGGUCUCUGCGACAGAAGAGCUGCUGCAGGAUUCCUCAGACGAGGAGGCUCUCAAGGCGGAGCAGGCCGUUCAAGCAGCGGCCGCGGCCGGGCUGUCUCCGGUACCUCGUGCUGCUCCAGUCCUGCUGUCGCAGGCGGAGCUGCAGCAAGCCGCGUUGAAUUUGGGCCGUGCCUUCUCGGCCCCGAAGGCGGCAGCUCCAGCUCCGGCUCCAGAGCCCCAGCCGAAAGCGGAGCCGAAAGCGGCCAAGGAGAGAGAACACAACAGGAGCCGAAGUCCCAAGCGAGGUGGCCAGGAGUCGCCUCCAGAGGACAAGAUGAAGGCUUGGAAAGUUCUGCAAGGCCUCGAAAAGGCUCCAGAGAAGCCAAAGGAGCAGGAGCCCCCGAGGCCUCCAGAGCCCCCAGAGAAGAAACCCGAGAAGCCGAAAGAAAAGGAGCGGAUUGGCUGGCUCCCCGAUGGUGCUACAUGCUCUUUGUGCUCCAAGACUGUUGUUGAGAAAGGCGGCGUGUACUGUGGUCGCAAGCGCUCUUCGGGAGAGCUUGCUGGCUGCUUCGAGGCGAUCUGCUGGAAGUGCAUGAACAAGCACAGGGACAAGAUCGGAAAGAUCAAGACCACCAAGUCUGAGUUUGGCUCGCUUGGGGCUGGCGCCUGGUGGAUGCACGAAAGGUGUAUGACACCAGAGGACAAGAAGGAUUAUUUCGGCGAGGAUGAAGAGGAUGAUGUCGAAGAUGUCAAGCCAAAGCGACCCAAGAAAAAGUUCAAAGAUGAGGCGCUUGCAGGGCAGAGUUUGUCCCAUGACCAGAAGGUAUCAGAAGGCCUGGAUGCGGGCUUCUUUGCCGUCUCCUUCGAGGAGGAGGGAUACAAGACCAUCGGGGAUGUGCGCUGCGAUGGCUGGAAGGUUGUGAAGGACUUUGUCGAGGCGCUUGGCAUGCCUCGAGGAUCUGACGAACGCUUGAUGCAGCUCUGCUUUCAGGUGGAUGCAGAAAGCACAACUGAGACUGCUGAGAUGAACGAGAAUGAUGCCGCGGCUGAAGUGAUACUUUCAGGCACCGGGAAUGCUGAGUGGCAAGAAGCUGUGAUGCCGCUGUACUCCAUGCAUAUGGGCUGCGAGAACAUGGGGCCUCUUCUUCACAGUCUGGCACGCUUCGUCAAGCCGCGCAGUUGUCUGGAAAUUGGAGCAGGCUACACGUCGGCCUUCUUGCUGCAGGCUUUGGAGGACAAUUGGCGCGAGAUGCAGUUCUGGGAGUCCUGGCGAACUUCGCCAAAGACUUCUGGGCCUGCCCCCGAAAGCUGGCUCGUCGGAGGGGCUGGAGAACUUGCGGAUUUGGAAGGUGGCGUUUUGCACUGUGUCGACAACUUCGCCCACAGGCACAGCACAGCGCCGGAGCUUUUCCGCGUCGCACAGCGUUUGGGGCUGCAGCGCCGCUUGAGGCUCCAUCUGGAUGAUGCAAGGGCUUUUCUGGAAGAAUCGAACCACCUCCUCUUUGACUUCAUCUGGCUGGAUGGCCUGCUAGACUUUGCACCGCCGGUGAAUGGAAGUGUGAAGGAUGGCAUCGAAAGUUUUCUGGCACUUCUUUGGCCUCAAGUGCUUCCCGGAGGCUACGUUUUGCUCCACAGCACUUUGACGAACAGCGCAGUGCGGGAAUGGAUCGAUGCGGUAGCCAAGACGUCGCAGGGCACACCGGGUGCUUUGCUGAGUCUGCUGGAGCCCCACAAGAAGUUUCAGAACUCUGUCAGCAUCUUGCAGAAGAGGUCAGAUGAUUUUUCUGAGCCGAUCUAUUCCAAGUUGCCGUGA